AUGCUGUGCGGGGCCCACGCUCAGUGGGACCCCAGGCAUCCUGGAGGGGGUUGUGGCAGGCGAGGAGGGGAGGUAGGGGCACAAUGGGCCCCUGAACCCUCCCCCGCGGUCCGGUUCUCCAGAAAUCAGACGGACACGGCUGUGGAAAGCCGAGGCUUGUGGCCCGCCCUCACCUGGGUGCCCUCCAUCCUGAGCACCACUUUCACCGAUGCCGUGGGUGCCCGAGGAGCAGGCAGAUUCCGGAGCGGCUGUCGGGAGGACUGA